AUGGCACCAGCCAGAACAGGAUUCUGCCCUUUGCUGCUGCUGCUACUCCUGCUGCUGGGGCUGUGGGUGGCCAAGGUCCCAGUCAGUGCCAAGCCCAGGCACAUGACUUCAUCCCAGUGGUUUGAAAUUCAGCACGUGCAGCCCCACCCUCGGGCUUGCAACUCAGCAAUGGGCAACAUCAACAAGCACACAAAACAUUGCAAAGACCGCAACACCUUCCUGCAUGAAUCCUUCUCCCGUGUGGCCACCACCUGCCAGACCCCCAAAAUAGCCUGUAAGAAUGGCCAUAAGAACUGCCACCAGAGCCGUGGGCCCGUGUCCCUAACCUUGUGUGAGCGCACCUCAGGGAAGUACCCAAACUGCAGGUACAAAGAGAAGCACCUGAACAAGUCUUACAUAGUGGCCUGUGACUCUCCCCAAAAAAGAGACUCUCAGCCAUUCCCACUGGUUCCGGUGCACUUGGACAAAGUCCUUUAG